CAUGGAAAACACUUUCGAACUGUACAGAAUUAUGUUUAAAUUACGACUUCAGUGGCGAGUGUGAAUUUUCCCCGUAUUUGAUGGUUAGAAGCAUUUCUACCGAACGGAUCAAGUCUUUUUGUGGUUUCUCUUUCCACUGAGGCAAUUUGCUCAGGGAUUUACGAAAGAAGUGUGUUGCUCAUUUGACUCCUAUCGUUCACGUACGAUGAAGAACUGACGCGAUUUCCCGCGUGACGCUACAUUUGCUCAACUGAUCCUUCGAUUGAAUGGCAAGAAAUGGGAGAAUUUGCUAGUGAAGAAGAUCAACGAUGGGUCUGCCCCAACGAUCGACAAUUAUCUUUAAGGGCGAAGUUGAAUUCAGGAUGGUCUUUUCACUCAAGUACACCCGCGAGAAAAACAGGUAGAAAAUCGGAUAUCACGGAAAGCGAACAAGAGAUCAUCAGAAAUGUUCUGGAACGAGCGGAAAGAAUUCGCCAUGCAGAAGAAGAACGUAUCGGGCGUCUUGUGGAGAAGUUGGAAAACAUGCACAACAAUGCUCUCGGAGAUGGAAAAGAGACCUGUCUUCUUUGUGGUUCCAAAUUCUCACUUAAAGUUAUUUCAAAGAGAUGUGAUGUCUGUGAUAAGUAUGUUUGUGAAAAGUGUGGUUUGAGGACUCAAGACAGUGAUGGUGAUAACAUUUGGCUGUGCAUGUUAUGCAGUGAACACAGAGAGCUCUGGAAAAGAACCGGUGCAUGGUUUUUCAAAGCUAUACCCAAAUAUACAUAUCCAGCUACAGGAAGACGUACUUCCUCUAACAGAACUGACACAACAUCUUCCAAUAGCUCAGACCAAAUUUUUUUCCCACAAUCAAAUAAAUACAACCAAUCAUGGACAAGUUAUUCAAAAUCUAAAGACUAUCUGGAUGGUGGUAUUAGAGAAGAGAGUCACUCGGAGGAUGAGGAAUCCAGCAGUUCCUCAGAUGAAAUGUUGUUUGACAGUUCAAGCACACGUAAAUCUUCAAGAGGCAGGUCAUCCACUUCUGAGGAGACAAUGCCCUAUACAAGACGAAAGUCAACAGAACUUUCAAUGCCUGGUAGUGCCAUCUUAGAAAAUAUAGACACUCCUCCUCCCUUCCGUAAGAGGACUCUUGCAAUGUCACAAGAUGAACAGCCUCGUAGAUCACCAAACACAAGCCCGUUGCAUCAGGCCAAUGGAAAGCUCACUCCAGACAGCAGUCAUACUGAGCCAGAAUCUCCUAAAAGGGAAAAAAGUGGUAGUUUUACUGGAAGAGGUCACGUAACUGAUUUGAGAGAUGAAGUUGAUGCAAGGGUGAAGAAACUGGUGAGAAAGCAGGACACAGAAGAGGAAGACAUUGAUGAACUGGUGAGAACCUUCAAAGAAUCAGAGGCUUCUGUGAGCAAGGACGUUGGUGAUGCUGGAUUAGGAACAUUGGAAUUUGAUGUCCAUUAUAACAAACAACACAGUCAGCUUCAGGUGACAGUUGUUUGUGCCAAGAGCCUGAAAGCCAUGGAUUCCAGUGGAACAUCUGAUCCUUAUGUUAAAAUUCACCUUCUUCCUGGUGCUAGUAAGAGUAACAAAUUAAGGACUCGCACCAAGUACAAGACCCUGAAUCCGAAAUUUGAUGAAGUAUUGGUAUAUCAUGGGAUCACAGAUGAUGAUAUAUCAAAGAAGUCUCUCAGACUUCAGGUUUUGGACGAAGACAAACUUGGUCGCAAUAAUUUCAUUGGAGAGACUUGUGUGGCUCUAAAGAUUUUUCACAGUAAACCAUCUCAGUCUUUGAAAAGGUCACUAGUCUCUAGAGGUUCUAUUGAAGAAGGACGGGAAUCUCCAGAACCUGAUCUUGGACGUCUUCAACUGUCAUUGAAGUUCAAAUCACAAAAGAAUCAACUUAUAGUGGGUGUGAUUCGCUGCGCUGGUCUGGCAGCCAAGGACGCUAAUGGUUAUUCAGAUCCGUAUGUCAAGUGUUACCUUAAACCUGAUAUAAACAAAAAAUCCAAAAGAAGAACGAGUGUAAAGAGAAAGACGCUAAAUCCUGAAUAUAACGAGGAAUUUGUUUAUGAUAUCGCGCACAGUGACCUCGCGAAGAAAAGUUUAGAAUUAACAGUUUGGGAUCAUGAUGUUGGAAAAAGUAACGAUUUUAUAGGUGGAGUUGUGAUGGAUAUCAACUCGACCGGAAGUGCAUUGAUGCACUGGUACGCCAUGCUGAAAAACCCAAACCAAGCACACACUUAUUGGCACACGCUGGAAAAACUAACCAAUCACGAACAGGAAUAAUAUUUUGGGCUUAGUUAUAGUAAAUAUUCGAAGAAGUCUCGUUGUUGUGUUACUCAAUGUCACAGCGGUUCACCCAAUACUAAUCACUUCUCGUAUAAUAACCAUCACUAAGCAAUGGACAGUGUAGAGACCAGGAGAUAAAGCUAACGAUGCCUGCCCAUAGAGCUGCUUUCGAUUGAGUGUUGUGAAAGCAAAACCAAAAUAAUCACCAAUGAAAUGAAAGGAAGAUAUCUCAUUGAGCCGAUAAGAACUCAAAUUCAAAACGAACUGUUCGAGUGAAGCGCGCGAAAAUACGAGUGACCAAGUCGUGAUUGGUUUUAGUUUUGCAUCUGAUUGGUUGAGAAAGCGGAGCAAGUUUUCCGGACCAAUCACACAGGAAAGAAGAGCAAACCAAGCAAUCUCAGAUUCCUUUCAACACUCAUUUGAGAAUUGCCUAACGACUUGCUGGAAUAGUCAAUUCCUGAACUAUUGCGGAAUUUUCAUCAAUUUAUAGAAACUUUCAGACAACAAAAGGCGUUUUACUUCUGAACUGAUAAAACUGUCUUGGCAAAUCCGUUUAAUUCAGUAAACUCCCUGUGCACAAAAAAGUUUGUCUCCUUCCGAGAAUUGGAUGGGCUAGACAGACGAAUUACAAUUGUUAUUUAUUUUUGUUAAUAGCGGUCGAAUUAGAACAUUUUUCAGUUAAAACACAGAAUGCCACAAAACAAACAAACAAAAAACAACAAGCAAUAGGUCAUUGCUUCCAAAUAGAAUCAUACUCCAGAAUGAGACGGAGACACUCAACUUGGAUCGGAAGCUUUCCUGAUUAGGAAGGAUUCCCAGCUUAGCUGAGAUACACUAAAGACUUUAUUCUGAAUUGGCCAGUGAGUUUAACAAGGUCUUGAUGUUCCUAGUUUCAGAGGUAUUCAAGGUAUAAAUAAUUUCAUGCGUUAAGGUCACAUUUGGAUUCUCCUUAAAGACCAUUUGUUAUCACCUGGGAGGAGGGACGGUAAGGGGUCGGAGAAAUUUAAUUUAAAUUUACCUGUUUCCCUCCCCCCCCCCCCCCGAGGCUCUGUAAUAUUCUGACACCCCCCCCCCCCUUUUACUGGCAGUCAAAUUUCUACGGUCACCCCCCUUUACACUCUGUCAGCGACGACUUAUCCCGCCUCUCCCUCCCCCCUUGAAAUCCAUGUGAUACCCCCAAAUCCUCCGACCCCCCUCCGUAGGUGAUGAAUAGUAACAGAUCCCUUACCUGGGGGUGAGGGAGGGGGGAGUUGAGGGUGCAGGGGGAAGGAGUUGAGGGCAUGGAGGACAAAUUUAUUUUUUGUUAUGUCAGUAAUUUUCGUUAUUUUCAACUAAAAAUAAAAAUACCUUUUGUUUAUGUUACUCCAUAUGUAAGCCAAUUAUUUAGGUAAAAAUAUGCAUUUUUGUUUUCAUACACCUUUCAAUGUCAAUU